UAAUCGGUUCCCUCAAAACCUAACGAGAUUGUCGGUUCGCCGGUAAACACAAAGUCUUCCGGCGGCUGCACUGAAUUGAUCGAUCGCCGUCGCCCGUCCGACGGCCGCCAACUGCUCGAAGCCUUGGACAUGGUCAAAUCCUUGCUCCGCCCCUCCAUGGAGGAAGAGGAAGAAAAGGAGGAGAAUGUGAUGGAGGGGAUGCGGAAGCGGAAGCGGGAGGAGAAGGGGAUGGAUGGGAUGGAGGAGGGGGGAAAGAAAGAGCAGAAGGGCAAGGGAGGUGGGAUUCUCACAAACGAGCUUUUCUCGGAGCUCUUCGUAUCCGAGCUCACUGCCAAGGCCAUCAGAGAGAUGAACUACACCCACCUCACCCAGAUUCAAGCUAGAUCCAUACCUCAUUUGAUGGUAGGAGAUGAUGUGCUGGGUUCAGCCAGGACUGGCUCAGGGAAGACACUCGCUUUCCUUAUACCCGUGAUCGAACUGCUACACAAUGCGCGCUUCACGCCGAGGAACGGAACUGUAGUUAUUGUGGUCUGCCCAACAAGGGAGCUUGCUAUCCAGACACACGAUGUUGCCAAGAAAUUAAUGAAGUAUCACUCUCAAACUCUUGGAUAUGUAAUUGGUGGCACUAACAUGAGAAGUGAGGCAAACCAGCUUGUGAAAGGGGUCAAUCUAUUAGUUGCAACGCCAGGCAGGCUUCUGGACCAUCUGAAAAGUACCGGUGGUUUCAACUACAAAGGGCUAAAGUGCCUUAUAAUUGAUGAAGCUGAUCGCAUACUUGAGCAAAAUUUUGAGGAGGACAUGAAACAAAUAUUUAAGCUCCUCCCUCAGAAUAAGCAAACUGUUCUCUUUUCUGCCACACAGACUCAAAGGGUUGAAGAUUUUGCAAAUUUUACGUUUGGGAAAAAGGAAGAAAGACAACGAAAGCUUGUUUAUGUUGGAGUAGAUGACUCUGAAUUAAAGCCUACCGUUGACGGCUUGCAGCAGGGCUACUGUGUCAUUCCUAGCGAGAAAAGGUUUCUGGUUCUGUAUACUUUCCUAAGAAAGAUGCAGGUUAUGAAGCAGAAGGUGAAGGUCAUGGUGUUCUUUUCAUCGUGUAGCUCAGUCAAAUUCCAUGCAGAAUUUCUAAAUUUCAUUGGGAUAGAGUGUCACGAGAUCCACGGGCAACUGAAGCAGCAGAAACGCACUACUACAUUCUUCCAAUUUUCGAAAGAGGAAAGCGGUAUCUUAUUGUGCACAAACGUGGCAGCACGUGGGCUUGAUAUUCCUAAUGUGGACUACAUUGUGCAAUAUGAUCCUCCAGAUGACCCAAAGGACUACAUUCACAGAGUCGGUCGUACUGCCCGAGGUGAUAAAGGCCAAGGACGCGCAUUUUUGUUCUUACUACCAGAAGAACUGAAGUUGCUUAUUUACCUGCACGCGUCCAAUAUUUCUCUGACUGAAUACGAGUUCAGUGAAAAGCAUGUUCCAAAAUCGCAAUCCAAACUUGAGAAAAUUGUUGCUGGGAAUUACUUCCUAAACCAGUCAGCGAAGAAAGCCUACAGGUCCUACCUUUUGGCAUACAACUCACACUCUAUGAAGGACAUCUUUGAUGUCCAUCAACUUGAUCUCAAGAAAGUUGCGGCAUCUUUCUGUUUUAAUAGCCCUCCUAAAGUGAAUCUGAACCUGGAGAGUAGUGCAUCGAGACACCGAAAGAUGAGGAAAGUGGACGGCAGAAAGAGGCAUGGACUUAGCCCUUCAAACCCCUAUGGAAGGAGAGGCGGUUGUGAUCACAUGGAUGUUGCAAGAUUCUAGGAAGGAUAUAUCAGGGGGUUAAGAUCGGAGAUGCUGGAAGUCACCAUCUUUGAUUCUUCUUUUUUGGUAGAUCUCUAAAUAUUAUGUUUGGAUGUCAUGUAUGUUGUGUUGUUUCAGAAAGAAAAAACUGAAGAGUGGUUUAUGCCCUUUGCCCUUUGGAUUCUUAAAACAAGUGUAGUUAUUACAUUUUUUGGGGGUACAUUGGUGUCUGUUCUAUGACUGGUGAAUUGUCCGCGUGUUGCAACGGGUUCCACUCAAUAGAUUGAUAUCGCGACGAAGGACUUGCAAACUGAAUUCUAAUUUGAUAUCACGACAGUUGGGGUCGCUGGCGGCCUGGUUUCGAUAGUCCCGGCGGUGGCGAAGAAAAGCCCAUGAACGCUGGUGAGAACUCCUCUGGAAGCGGGUGGGGAGGGGGGUUGUGUGGACGCGGCAAUGGAAGAUGAAGUUUAUACAGGGCUGAAAGCAUGCCAAUAUAACAGAUAACGUGAUGUGGAUAUAACCUGGAAUGCCUCAGCCACAUCUGCUGUUUGUAAACUUAAUCUUCUGUUAUAUCGAGUUCAUAAACCAGCUCCUCAUACUCCCCUUUAGCUUGAGCCGUUUCUAUUCAACUCGCCAAAACAAGCUGGUCUCCCUGGCGAAACACAACCGGAGAUUCAUGAGUACUACCUCCGUUUCUAAGUAAGAUAUCUGACCACUAGGCACCUUCCUCGCCCCUUGUAUCCUCGGCUUGAACCACUUGUCUAUAGUUACCUGAAGGUGGAGGUGGCCUUGCAGCUGGA